CCCAGCAUUCAUAUACUGCAUAGGGAUUACAGUUACCCGACAUUACCAAAUUGGAUUCUUAUAAAACAAGAAGACAUAAUUUGGUCGUCAGGUUAUUUUGCUCAAGAAAUCAGUGGAUAUCUAACUACAAAAUGCACUUGGUACUUGCGUGAAAAUACAACGCAAUAAUCUCAAUGAAAUCAACCCAAACUUGCAUUUAUACCAAACUUUAUUGCUGAAAGGAACAACGCUGCGUCCAUUUCACCCCUCUUGCUGGAUUUUUUUCUGCAAGCACCUGUGAUGUGUAAACUGGAAUUCUUGUGCGUUUUGUGGUGCGCUCUUUCUUCCAGUUUAGCCGUGUCACCUGAAUCAAUUGACAGUACAUUGAAAGAUGGUAAACCUAGAAAUAAAGAAAAAUAUGUUGAACGAAGUGUGACUCUUGAGGAGGAGACGGACAAGCAGGAUAAUAUCCUUACGCAGCUGCUGGGUGAUUAUGACAAAGUGAAAGCGCUUUCGGAAGGCUCUGACUGUCGCUGUAAAUGUGUUGUCAGACCCCUGAGCAGGAGCGCCUGCCGGCGGAUCGAGGAAGGCAGCGCCAAGGCACAAGACUUUUACACAGUGGAGACUGUGACAUCGGGGCCGAACUGCAAGUGCGCGUGCAUUGCCCCCCCUUCGGCUUUGAACCCCUGUGAGGGGGAUUUUAGGCUGAAGAAACUCCAGGAUGCAGGAAAAGAGAACAUUAAGCUUUCAACAAUUAUGGAACUACUUGAAGGCUCUUUUUAUGGAAUGGAUCUGCUGAAGUUGCAUUCACUUACAACAAAACUAAUCGGUCGUGUUGAAAAUAUUGAAAAGGCCUUCACUCAAAACCACACCAAAGAGAGAGCUAGUCUGAAGAACAGCUUUAAAGAGGAGGCACGCUCAGAGGAGAGCCCGUUCCACCAGCGUGUUGAGAAGAAGAAUCAUCUCAGCGAGCUGGGAGAGGCUGCCGCGGCCUACGCACAUGCACAGAAAAUUGAAGAAAGGUUUGUUGGGAGCCAGGGAUUCUCCAGACCUUCACCGAAGAGAACCCCAACAGUGGCCCAGAGGCCUCGGGAGGGACAGUGGACACCCAACUGGGCUCAGACAGGUCCACGUGGGUCAGUCAUCAGAGGGAUAACCUAUUAUAAAUCUAACACGGUGGAUGAUGGGGAUGAGGAUGAGAAUGUACCAGAUGAAGAAUUUAUGAGUGGUGAUGGUUCUAUUGAUCUGUUGAUUGAAGAUCAGCUCCUCAAGCACAAAGCCCCACGCCCCAGGACCAAUGGGAGGGUGAGGUCUGUGUCUCCUCCACUCACAGCGGCCAGAACAGAGAGAGGCGGGACUUCCGGCCCACGGUUUGUCCAGGUGCCCAAAACAAAACCUCCGACUCCGGAAACUGCCACCACACCUACAACGAGCGUCCCUGAGAUGUUUUCAGGGACUACCGUAAUUAAUGGCACAGGGUCUACCAUGGGGAAUACCACCCCGGAAACAUCCAGGACCACAGUGGUGCCCACCAGCAAGGAACCCAUUCCCAUGAGUACAGCGGCCCUGAAUGCGAUGACAGCGACUGUUUCCAGGGGCUUACCAGUUAUUCCUGAGUCUACAUCAGCCAUUCCCGAGAGAACAGCAACCAUUCUUAAGACCACAGAAUCCAGUCUGGACACCACAGCACUCAUUCCAGAAAUUCCUAUAAACAAAACAGACAUUACCAUGACAACCAUAACCACUUCCAAAACCACAACAACAAGUCCAGAACUCACCACGUCCGUACCAGAAAUCACAACUGUUAUUCCUACAAUCCCACUGACAUUUCCCACAACCACAGUGGCCAAUACUAUUACCGCUACCGCUCACACCACCACUACACCGACACUCACCACCUCUCCCAACCCCACCACAUCGCCCACUCCACAAACAGCCAGAAUACAAAGAGAAUCUACCACCUUGUCCCUGUUGACCACAUUCCCAACAUUAACAGAAAGACAAACCUCCACCUCUGCUGCUCCAACUACUGCAAUCACCAACCAGAGAACAACAGCUAGACGAAAGUACCGAAUCAGCUGGACUGAGAGAAUGUCUGAGGAAAAGAUUCAGGGGGUACUGCAGAGCAGCAUUCCUGAGGAAUGUAAAGAUACCUUGGCCACAAUAUCUGACCCCAUCACGCAAAAUACAUAUGGCCGAAACGAGGGUGCAUGGAUGAAGGACCCCAAGGCACUCAACGACAAGAUCUAUGUCACAAAUUACUACUACGGGAACAAUCUGCUGGAAUUCCGCAAUAUGGAGAUUUUCAAACAAGGACGCUUUACCAACUCCUACAAACUGCCAUACAGCUGGUUUGGCACCGGCCAUGUGGUGUAUAAUGGUGCCUUCUACUACAACCGGGCCCACUCCCGUGACAUCAUCAAGUUUGACCUGCGGAAGCGGUACGUGGCAGCGUGGACCAUGCUACACGACGCCUUGUUUGAGGAGACCACACCCUGGAGGUGGAAUGGGCAUUCCAACGUGGACUUUGCAGUGGAUGAGAGUGGGCUGUGGGUGGUCUAUCCGGCGAUAGACGACGAGAGCUUCCAUCAGGAGGUGAUCAUCCUGAGCAAGAUGAACCCCGGAGACCUGAGCAUGCACAGGGAGACAUCUUGGAGGACAGGCCUGAGGAAGGACUUCUAUGGCAACUGCUUUGUAGUCUGCGGUGUGCUGUACGCGGUCAACAGCUACAACCAGAUGAAUGCCAACAUCCUGUAUGCCUACGACACCCACACAAACACGCAGAUGGUACCCAGGCUCCCCUUCGUAAACAACUACACUUACACCACGCAAAUCGACUACAACCCCAAGGACCGAAUUCUGUAUGCAUGGGACAACGGUCACCAGGUUACAUACAAUGUUAUAUUUGCCUACUGAGAAAGGCAGCUGGAAAACUAUAGCUAUUUGAAAUGGUCCCAGCACAUUUUUGUACAAAGACUAAAGGGAAAAAAAAGAAUAAAUUCUAUAUGUGUGAGUGGAUUGUAGAUCAGUCUACCCGUUUUAUCAUGCAUCAACCAUUUGUAUAGCUAACUGUUCUGCCGUAAAUGUUUUGUGUUUUCAGCAUUUUUCAUGAACUAUUUAAUGUUUGCUUUUUUUACCUCCUUAAGGGCUGGCAAAUUAAAUCAUUCAUUGAAGCAUGGUAACAGGUUUAUGGUAUUGAUUCUCAGAAAUCUAUCAUAGUAUCUAUUAUAUACUGUACUGAUAUUCCUUAGUUACAAGAUGGAUUGAGUGACUUAUCUGAGUAAAAUAGAAAGAAUAUAACAUAUGCAUAGCUAGAAAAAUCUACUGGAUUAGGGAGUUUAGAAAUUCGAUUGAAACAGGAAAUCUACACAGUAAAUAAACAGGAUUAACACAUUUUUAGAUCAAUUUAAAUAAGUUGUAAAUUAUAAUUAAAUAUGAAUGACAAAAUAGCAAACCGGGAACACAUAUAAAAUACUACCAUUACUUCGUUUUAACAAAGUUUGAAUCAAAGGAUGGCCGGUUUUAUAUAUAUAGUACUAUCUAUAUUUCUGUAUUUAUCUAGUUAACAUUGCUCAACGGAUCUCUUUUUUAAGUUGUAAAAGCACUUAUUCCUUUUGCAUUGGGCUAUAUGUUUUUCAGUGUUUUGAGCAGGCUGCAUUAAAAAUGUCUCAAAUCC